GCUUGUCAUUAAAAAAAAAAAAUUUUUUUCUUUUGUUCUCUACUUGAUCUUGUCAUGGAUCCUUUACUCGAUCAGCACCUUAUUCCCGAAAAUCAUUUGCAGCUUCCCGAGAAAUAUGCACAUUUAAGCCCUCAGCAGUAUGCGAAAGUCCUACUUGAUUUUAUUGAGAAGCACAAGCACUGGACAACGAUGCACAUCGUAGAUUUUAUUACCAUGAAUCAGUGGGAAACAAUCAUGCAAAAAGAGUGGUGUCAAGCCUUAUUACCAGCAGAUGAAUAUUCUUCUCAAGAUCAAUGGAUCAACUCAAUUAUUAAAAUUGCCUCUGGUUCUGAUAUGAAUGAAGAAUGGCCAGAUUCCUUAAAGACUUUUAUAAGAGACACUCGAGAUAUUGCUUUGCCUCGACUCAAUAAAAAUGGCUGUAAAGUAAGCAUCAGGAAAUAAGCAUCAGGAAAUGAAAUCUAACCUAUGCAUUUAGUACAUCAAGGAACAACUAAAAUUGACAAACGUAUUAUCCCUGGUAUGACAGGAAAGAAGAUUCAUGAGGUACAGUGAUACGAUAUAACAACCAAAUAUUCUAAUUGAAUAGGUUGAGCGAAUGACACCUGUC